CAGACACCUCCACCACACCUUUCGUUGCGGAACGUCGCAUGCACUCUACUCCGACUAGGUCGUCCCUCUCAAAACUUUUCCCAUCACGACAGAGUCGCCCCCGUGUCGGCGUUCUCUUCUUUCCGGUAUAUACAUAUUACAUACACUAUUCCACCGUUAUAAUAGACCGAAUAGCGACGAGAGAGAGCGAGGACGAGAGACCCUGCGACAACCGCCCGAAACGAUAAACCCCCCAAAUACAAACCCCCGGCGGAAAGUUACAGUCGUUCUGCUGUCUAGCAUGCGUUGAUAGGCGGGCUUGGGGAAUCGCUGAGAGCAAAUCGUCAUGGAUUAUUCCGACUAUUCGUCGCAACGCGUCCUGCACACGGGGUCCUUUACCGGAUUCCACCGCUUUGGACAGCUCGGCAGCAGUUACCUGUCCGCGACCGCUGAUUUCAAGCAGCCGUUAUGCGGUAACGAGGAGGGCUGGGGUCCCAUGAGCCCCUUCAGAUACGACUUCACGCCCUGCUUUAUCGAUGUAUGGAUAGCUUCUGUGGCAGUAUUUGGUGUCGUCUUUGGAUCUCUUGCGAUAGCCUGGCUUCUUCAGCGCAAGAGGCCGACUGACGCUCCCAAAGACUGGCAUUUUUGGGCUAAACAAACCCUUCUCGGAUUGAUCAUCGCCGACGUCGCAGUGCAGCUCGGAAUCCAAAUAAACAACUACCCCGGCAUCUGGUUUGGCGACUUCAGAUUUUGGACGACUGUUGCUACGAUCGUCUCCCUAGGCGUCAUCUUUGCCAUCCAAUGGCUCGAGCACGCCCGCCUGCGCAAUCCGAACGGCGUUGUAUUAUUCUACUGGCUCUUUCUUCUGAUUGCGUACGCCGUCAAGCUCCGCUCCUUGAUCUCGCAGCAGCUGUAUGACUCGAGCCCGGCAUACUUCAUUACUUACACCGUGGGCUUCGGGCUGUCUAUCAUCGAGUUCUUGAUCGAGUGGCUGUGGCCGAGGAAGGUCAGCGCAUACGAGACUUUGAUCGAUGAGGAAGAAUGUCCGAUCGAAUACGCUACCGUGUUCUCCUUGUUGACCUUCUCGUGGAUGACUCCCCUGAUGCGCUAUGGCUACAAGCAGUAUCUUACCGAAGAUGACCUGUGGGGGCUUGCCCAGAAGGAUCAGACCAAAAACACUGGAGAGGCGUUUAACCGGGCGUGGGAGUACGAGCUGAAGCAUCAUAAGAACCCUUCUUUGUGGCUGGCCAUGUUCCGUGCUUACGGCGGUCCGUACGCGGUAGCCGCGCUCUUUAAGGUCGUCAACGACGUCACGCAGUAUGUACAGCCGCAGCUUCUCCGGUACCUCAUCGCCUUCGUGCGCUCUCGGAACGAGCCUGAUGAGAAGAACCAACCCACCAUUCAGGGUGCUGCCGUUGCCUUGGCUAUGUUCGCGAUCGCCGUGCUGCAGACCUCCAUGAUUCAUCAAUAUUUCCAGCUUGCGUUCGUUACCGGCAUGCGUAUCAAGGGUGGCCUGGCAUCUGCCAUCUACAAAAAGUCCAUGAAGCUGUCUAACGAGGGUCGCGCCUCCAAGACGACUGGCGAUAUUGUGAACUACAUGGCUGUUGACGCACAACGUCUGCAGGAUCUGACCCAGUUUGCCCAGCAAGUCUGGUCUGCCCCUUUCCAGAUCAUAAUCUGCAUGGUGUCUCUCUAUCAGCUGGUCGGCUGGUCCAUGCUUGCUGGCAUUGGCGUAAUGAUCAUCAUGAUGCCCGCGCAUGGCUUUAUUGCCAGGAUCAUGAGAAACUUGCAAAAGGAACAGAUGAAGAACAAGGACAAGAGAAGCCGCUUGAUCAACGAGAUCAUCAAUAACAUGAAGAGCAUCAAGCUAUACGCCUGGGGUGCCGCUUUCAUGAACAAGCUAAACUUCGUCCGCAAUGACCUCGAACUCAAGAACCUGCGCAAGAUUGGAGCCACUCAGGCCUUCGCCAACUUCACGUGGAGCACGGCUCCAUUUUUCGUUUCCUGCUCGACCUUUGCCGUGUUCGUCAUGACGCAGGACAAGCCUUUGACCGCAGACAUCGUCUUUCCCGCGCUCACCCUCUUCAACCUCCUCACGUUUCCCCUGGCUGUUCUUCCCAUGGUCAUCACCUCCAUCGUUGAGGCCAGUGUCGCCGUUGGUCGCUUGACUUCUUUCCUGACCGCUGAAGAGAUCCAAUCUGAUGCGAUCACGGUCAAGCCGGCGCCGGAGGAGAUGGGAGAGGAAACUGUCGUCAUCCGAGAUGGGUCUUUCUCUUGGAACCGCCACGAAGACAGGGAGGCUCUCAAGGACAUCGAUUUCACAGCCUACAAGGGCGAACUCUCUUGCAUUGUUGGACGAGUCGGCGCUGGCAAGUCUUCUUUCUUGCAGUGCAUCUUGGGCGAUCUCUGGAAAGUCAAGGGCCAGGUCGACGUUCACGGAACUACCGCCUACGUCGCCCAGGGCUCUUGGAUCUUGAACGCUACGGUCAAAGAGAACAUCGUUUUCGGUUACCGCUACGAUCCCGAUUUCUACGAAAAGACCGUCAAGGCUUGCGCUCUCGUCGAUGACUUUGUACAACUCCCCGAUGGUGAUGAGACAGUUGUAGGCGAACGAGGCAUAUCGUUGAGUGGUGGCCAGAAGGCGCGUGUGGCUUUGGCCCGUGCCGUCUACGCUAGAGCGGACAUCUACCUCCUGGACGACGUUCUUUCGGCGGUGGACUCUCACGUUGGAAGACACAUUAUCGAGAAUGUCCUGGGCCCCAGAGGUUUGCUGAACACCAAGACGCGAAUUCUUGCCACCAACGCCAUCGCCGUGCUCACCGAGGCCAGUUACAUCACAAUGAUCAGGGAUGGCGAGAUUGUCGAGCGCGGAACUUACAAGCAGCUUGUGGCUAUGAAGGGCAUGGUCAACGACCUCAUCAAGACUGCCGGGCAAGAGUCAGGUCCCUCUUCUGCCGGCUCAAGCGGUUCUAGCAGCGAGACAUCAACCAUCAUCGAAGCCGAGGGCAGCAGCCAAGAGAAGAAUGAGAUGGAAGAAGCCCAAGAGCAGCUCCCAGAGAUGGAACCCAUCAAGACCGGCGCCUCCGUGAAGAACAGGAAGGGACGAUCUUCUAGCAUGGCAACCCUGCGCCGCGCUAGCACCGCCAGCUUCAGGGGACCCCGUGGCAAGCUUACCGACGAAGAAGUUGCUGGUAGCAAGUCCAAGCAGACCAAGGAGCACGUCGAGCAGGGCAAGGUCAAGUGGAACGUUUACUUCGAGUACGCCAAAAACAGCAACAUUGUCGCCGUCGGGGUCUACCUGGUCGCCCUGCUGGCCUCUCAGACGGCAAACAUUGGUGCUUCUGCAUGGCUCAAUGUAUGGUCCGAUCAAAACCGGAACGCAGGUAGCAACUUGCACGUCGGCUACUACCUCGGCAUCUACUUCGCUGUCGGAAUGGGCUCCUCGCUUCUUACGGUCCUCCAAACGCUCAUCCUGUGGAUCUUCUGCUCCAUCGAGGCAUCGAGGAAGCUGCAUGAGAGGAUGGCCAACGCCAUCUUCAGGUCUCCCAUGUCCUUCUUCGACACCACGCCGACUGGCCGCAUCCUGAACCGGUUCUCGAGUGACAUCUACAGAGUCGACGAGGUCCUCGCCAGGACUUUCAACAUGCUGUUCGUCAAUGCUGCUCGCUCUUGCUUCACCCUGGCAGUCAUUUCGAUCGCGACGCCCCCGUUCACUGCGCUUAUCAUCCCGAUCACGUUGAUCUACUACUGGAUUCAGCGAUACUACCUACGCACUUCUCGCGAGCUCAAAAGACUCGACAGUGUUACCAAGAGUCCCAUCUACGCCCAUUUCCAGGAGUCCCUCGGGGGUAUUUCGACGAUUCGCGCCUACCGUCAACAGCAAAGAUUCGAACUUGAGAACGAAUGGCGUGUUGAUGCCAAUCUCAAGGCGUACUUCCCGUCCAUCAGUGCGAACCGUUGGCUGGCCGUGCGCCUCGAGUUCAUCGGUGCUCUGGUCAUCCUCGCCGCUGCUGGGUUUGCCGUGAUCACUGUUGCAUUCGACAUACCAUUGAAGGAAGGCUCCGUCGGUCUCGCCAUGUCCUAUGCCUUGCAGAUCACGACGUCGCUCAACUGGAUUGUGCGCCAGACGGUCGAAGUGGAGACAAACAUCGUGUCUGUGGAGCGUGUUCUCGAAUAUGCCCGUCUGCCGAGCGAAGCCCCCGAGAUCGUCAAGAGCAACAGGCCGCCUGUCGCCUGGCCGUCCAAGGGCUCUCUCGAGUUCAAGAACUACAGCACCCGGUACCGCGAGGGUCUAGACAACGUGCUAAAGAACAUUAACUUGGACAUCAAGUCACACGAGAAGAUUGGCGUCGUCGGCCGCACGGGAGCGGGCAAGUCGUCAUUGACAUUGGCGCUUUUCCGCAUCAUCGAGCCGACCGCCGGUCACAUCAGCAUCGAUCAGAUCAACACGUCCUCCAUCGGACUGCUGGACCUGCGCAGGAGACUGGCCAUCAUUCCCCAGGACGCCGCCCUGUUUGAGGGCACCGUCCGAGACAACUUAGACCCGGCCAACGUGCAUGAUGACACGGAGCUUUGGAGCGUGUUGGAACACGCCCGGUUGAAGGACCACGUAUCGGGCAUGGAAGGCGGCCUAGACGCAACGAUCAAUGAAGGAGGCUCCAACCUCUCACAGGGUCAGCGGCAGCUCGUGUCGCUUGCUCGGGCAAUGCUGACGCCGUCCAAUAUCCUCGUGCUGGAUGAGGCGACGGCGGCCGUCGACGUUGAGACGGACGCCAUGCUGCAGACGACGCUGCGGUCACCGUUGUUCGCGAACCGCACCAUCAUCACCGUUGCGCACCGCAUCAACACCAUCCUCGAUAGCGACCGCGUCGUCGUGCUGGAUAAGGGCGAGGUGGUGGAGUUUGACAAGCCCCAGGAACUCAUCAAGAAGCAGGGCGUGUUCUACGGCUUGGUCAAACAGGCCGGUCUGGAUACCUCAGAGUCAUCGUCAUAGGAGGGUGAACGGAGAAGGCAGUUGGUCAGACGGCGAGGCCUGUGGGUCCUCAGAAGACAGUGAUGAGAAAUGCCGCAGCGGCAUUUGUCGAGGUGGUGGCCGAGGCAAAGAGAGAAAGCUAAAGAGAGCGCUUGUUCUUGUGUAACUAUGCGGUGUUUUCUCUCUCCUUGAAUUGAAAAAAAAAUUGGUAGUCUGCGGGGAGAAUAUCCCAACGGAGGGGAAGGCUGUGUGUGUGUAUGUGUGGGCGGGAGGGAUUAGGGUAGGUUUGUACAAGAGGAAAGGCAUACACUAGCAUCAUUGUAGAAUGACCCGCAAGGACCUUGACGCGAUUGAGAAUCUACUUCCCCUGUACUUCCGCCCAUUAUCGAAGAGGAAAUUGCACGCUUGGUAUUGACGUCGCGGGUGGUUUGCUGAAUAUUUGGAUGCUGUCCAACGGCCGUCCGUCGUCGAACCAAUGCUGGCUGGUGGUGGGUGUGCAACAUACUUGCCAACGUCACCUUGUCACCGCGUCGGCUUCCCUUC